GCUGGAUCCCCGGGCCGCCGUCGAGCCCAAGACCUCGCAGCAGCCGGGAGCGGGAGCGCCGCCGCCCGCCCCGUCCAGCCGCGGCGCGCAGGAACCGCAAAGUCAGCUCUGAACCGUGAGGGGGGCCACCUCAUCUCAACUGCUCAGCAGGACCAAGCCUGAGCCCUCCCCUCCCCACUUCAAACUGCCCCCUCCGUCUGUAACCCUCCUCUGAUCCAGCCCUUACUCACCUCCUUCCUGUGUCUUAAAAACCCUUUCCACAUUCCCCAGACUGAAUCCUUCCUCCCUGCCCCACCCCACACACCGCCUCACCCCCAGCACCUCCUUUUCCAUCUUCUUCUCUUCAUGGGCCACUUUACUUGCUUCCUCGUUUCUUACCCAGGUCCCAGGAAAUGCUAGCAGCCCCCCCCACCCCCACAGCCUGGUUCUGUCAACACUCCUUAAGAGUAGCCUGUCCUGUCUCAACACCAUCCUGAAUAUUUCCUGCCGGCGGAUGCAUAGACACUCCCCUCUGCCAGCUUUUGUGUUACCCCGUCACUCCCUGAUUUAAUUUCUGAUCAGGCCUAUAAAAACCUCUUUGAGGAAGCUCUUGGUUCAUCCCGCUAUUCUGCAACAAACCUCCUUCCUGUGCUAACUGAGUCCUUCCUCCGACUUUUCCCUCUCAAGCUCCACCCCUGGCGCAAGAUUCACGGUCAACCUCAUCUCUUCCCCGAGGCCUGGCAACCACCAUGUCCCCCUGAGCCUCCAAGGAGGGGGCUCAGGGGCCCCGAUGGCCUCCCGGCCCCCGCGGCCCCACAGCCCCCCUGGGCCAUGGGAAGCCCCUGAAAGCCCCAGCGCCGAGGAUGGGCAACCGCACAUGGGAGGGCUGCCACGUGGACUCGCGCAUGGACCACCUCUUCCCGCCUUCCCUCUACAUCUUCGUCAUCGCCGUGGGGCUGCCCACCAACUGCCUGGCUCUGUGGGCCGCCUACCGCCAGGUGCGGCAGCGCAACGAGCUGGGCGUGUACCUGAUGAACCUCAGCAUCGCCGACCUGCUGUACAUCUGCACGCUGCCGCUGUGGGUCGACUACUUCCUGCACCACGACAACUGGAUCCACGGCCCUGGCUCCUGCAAGCUCUUCGGCUUCAUCUUCUACACCAACAUCUACAUCAGCAUCGCCUUCCUGUGCUGCAUCUCGGUGGACCGCUACCUGGCAGUGGCGCACCCCCUGCGGUUCGCCCGCCUGCGCCGCGUCAAGACGGCCGUAGCCGUGAGCUCCGUGGUCUGGGCCACGGAGCUGGGCGCCAACUCAGCGCCGCUGUUCCACGAUGAGCUCUUCCGCGAUCGCUACAACCACACGUUCUGCUUCGAGAAGUUCCCCAUGGAGGGCUGGGUGGCCUGGAUGAAUCUCUACCGGGUCUUCGUGGGCUUCCUGUUUCCGUGGGCCCUCAUGCUGCUGUCCUACCGUGGGAUCCUGCGGGCCGUGCGGGGCAGUGUGUCCACCGAGCGCCAGGAGAAGGCCAAAAUCAAGCGGCUGGCCCUCAGCCUCAUCGCCAUCGUGCUGGUGUGCUUCGCGCCCUACCACGUGCUGCUGCUCUCCCGCAGCGCCGUCUACCUGGGCCGCCCCUGGGACUGCGGCUUCGAGGAGCGCGUCUUCUCGGCGUACCACAGCUCGCUGGCCUUCACCAGUCUCAACUGCGUGGCCGACCCCAUCCUCUACUGCCUGGUCAACGAGGGCGCUCGCGGGGACGUGGCCAAGGCCCUGCACAAUCUGCUCCACUUCCUGGCCAGUGACAAGCCCCAGGAGAUGGCCAAUGCCUCCAUCACCCUGGAGACCCCACUCACUUCCAAAAGGAGCAGCGUGGCCAAGGCCAUGGCCGCUGGCUGGGUGGCAGCUCCGCCCUCCCAGGAGGACCAGGUGCAGCUGAAGAUGCUGCCACAGCCACAAUGAACCUCAAAUUAAGCAGAGCACUGCCUCCCACACCCUUGCUAAAUCUCAUCCUACACUCCCUACCUUUUUGGUCUGGUGUAUGCAAAUUGUAUGUAAAUAAGGCUGUGUUACUCUUCAUAAGAAUAUAAGAAAAUAGGAAAAUGAUAAGGUCAGCGUGUCACUGGUCAACUGUCAUCCUCCACCAUGACCCCUUAAAAAUUCAAUUGAAGUGUACCUAGCCCUGUAUGGGCAGUGUUGGUGACACAGUGGUGACAAAUAAGACACCUGGCCCUCAUGGGUUCCCACUCCGAUGGGGACGACGGAUCUGUCCCUGGACAUUGGUGACCCAGAGUGGGCAGGGCUCAGCCAGGACAAGUCAGGGUCUGGGAAAACCCAGAAGGGCAUCUGACCUAGUCUGGAGGACAGGGAGGGCUCCCCGGAGGAGGGGACCAGUAAAUUAAAUUUCCAGAAGGUAGAGGCACAAAGAGAGAAAAGUUCGGAUUAUUUCCAGAAAGACAGUGAAGGAGAGUGACUCAAAGGGAAGGUGGAAGGAGAAAUUUACUGAGUGUGGAGUGAUCACUUUACUCCUGGGACCCCCCUAUCUUACAGGGGACAGUGAGCAGGACAGAACAAUCCUGAGUUUUUAGAUGAACAGCAUUCUGCAAGUCGGGACUGAGGAAGAAGGGGAGAAUGUCCAAACCCAAACGAAGAGCAAUCAGGGCAGGCUGGCUGGAGGAGGGGUGAGGAGGGCAGGCUGGGGAAGGAGACUUGGGACAAGAUUCAGUCACAGAUCCAUUUGUACCUACCAUGUGCCCUGUGCUGGCCGGGGCUGGGGACAUGGCGGGUGACCAAGACAGCCCAGGCACCACUGUCAUGGGGCUCACAGUAAAUAAGUAAAUCAAAAUAAGGUUUGGAGUGAAGGGACAGAGGGUGACAUGGAGUCUGAUCUACAUGAGGUCAGGGGGGCUCACUGAGAUGGUGGCUUUUGAGCAAAGACCUGAAGAAGCUGAGGGGUCUCAGCCCAGUGGCAGUCGGAGUGGUGGGGAGAGCAUUGCAGGCAGAGGGAAAAGCUAGUACAAAGCCCCGGAAUGAGAGAGUGCCUGAAUUCUGAGACAUAAUAAGCACAAUGGUGUGACUGGAGCAGACAAGAGUGACAAGAAUGGGAGGUGAGACUGGCCAGGGGACAGAGGCCCACCUUUCAGGGCUUUUAAAGUCCUGGCGAGGCCCUCGCUGGUGUGGCUCAGUGGACUGAGUGAGGGCCUGUGAACCAAAAGGUCACUGGUUCAAUUCCCAGUCAGGGCACAUGCCUGGGUUGCAGGCCAGGUCCCCAUUUGGGGGUAACAUG